AUGUCAGUGCCCAGAAAAAGAAAAGGCCUCCUCAUAGGCCCGCUAGGACCUGCAGCAUUACAAUUAACGCGUAGAAGCCGCGCAUCAUCAAGAGUUGGCGAGUCUAGGGGGAACUCUCUGUACAACUAUGAGCCCAUUGAAGACAGCAAAGAGUCACUACGCAACUCUACAAUCCCCGAUGCAACUGGCUCCAGCGAGGUCUAUGGGGUCAGUCUCACCCCAACAAGUGGGCUACGUACUGCAAACGCAAAGCGGAAGACUGGUACGCACGUAACGGCACGUAACGGCACGUACACACUGGCUCAGUUGGACAGUGAAAUAGCCCGACUUGAGAGCCUCUUGAGGUCUUACGAGCUGGCAAGCUCACUAGUUGAUAAGGACAAGGAUGGAAAGCCACAGUACCCAGUGGCGGCAAGGCAAGCCGGGAGACCCAUGGGAAAGCCCAAAAGGAAGUCCUUAACGCCCAACAAAAGCUUCAGGCUGCUCAAGACCAGAAGAAAACAAACCAGCAAGCUUGGAAUGAGUACACUCAAAUCGGCGCUCAACUGGUUCGACAGAAAAGAAACCACAAUUAAGCAGGAGCUGGAUAGGCUCAAGUCGCUACGCGUAGCCAAGGCUAGAGACGAUACAAACAAUGCCACAAGCGUACCGGUACUUGUGUCUGCAACAGCUCCGGCUGAGAACAAUGGAGAGCUAGCAGGUACAACGCUGGCAGCUCGAGGUUCGGAGAUGGCCAAUCCGGUUUUCAAAUCUCCUUCGGACCGGCCUCUGAUUGCACAAGACGCAGACCCAUGGACAAACAUCACCUUUUCCUACUCUGCUUCAGAUGUCAGUAAUCAUUCCAAAGAGUCAGAGUGGGUCGGACAUGGCAGGCUGCGACGUGAGCAUUUCUUUCUCCGCCCUCGUUAUCAAUAUCAACCGCCCUUAACUUUUUGUGGUGUCAACAUCGAGGUUGCAAAGGGAGUCAACCUGAGCCCAGGCCCAAUUCUACUCCAGAAGAUGAUCAAGGAGCAGAACGCCGCUGAUAUUGCGAUAUGUAGCCAAUUUCCAGCCUACCCAACUUCCUUCAUUGUAGCCGCCGAUACGACUAUCAAAUUCACGGGCGCCACGAAGCACAUAGAGGAACAUUUUGAUUCUUACAGUAACUCAGGAGGUGCUUCGGUUGGAUAUGGGCCUUGGUCGGUAUCGAGUACCUUUCAUAAGUCUGCUAAUUAUUGGAUGGAGGGGGUAACGGUCAAUGUACGUUAUGCAAGAUUGGCCGUGUUGCCCGUUUCGGUAUUAGUUGAGCCAUCGUAUGAGGCUUCUGUGUUUCGAAAGUCGGGCAGGAUAGGAGACUCGUCGUGUUCUAACGAAUUGAAGAUGAGUCUGUGCGGUGUCACUAAAGAAGAAAAUAAGGGUUGCUCGUCCAGUGGUGACCAAAGCGAUAGCCAGCUUGUAGUCCUUGUAAUUCUCGUCGACAGCCUUUUAGACUCGCCAUUGAAACCACCAAUAAUCACAACGGGCGCUUGCUUGCCCCCAGGCGUUGACUGCGAAAGACACAUUGUUAUCUCCGCCGCAAUUGGCAUCGUCAUUUCCUCGGAUACGUGCCUCGAUCAGGUCAAGGAAUCCAAUGUCCAGGGCGCGGAGAUGCUGGAUGAUGUAAGUGAAGGUCGGGGAAAAGUCGUUCAUUCCCAUGCCUAUGAAGUCGCUCCAUGGGCUUAA